AUGCUACACUCGGUCAUGCUACACUCGGUCAUGCUACACUCCAAGGUGGCGCAUAUAACGGAGACCAAGGGGCAGAUCAAGCUGCGGUUCCGCACAGCAGCAGGCAAGGACGUGGUGAGCGUACGCAACUUCUCACUCACACAGAAGACCAGCAAGAUGGAGUUCAAGGCCAUUGAAAGCGUGCUGCAAACCAUCAACAGCACCACUGGCGAGCGCGUCUCCCUGAGCUACCGCUGUGCGGACAUGGAUCGGGAGAUCCCGCUGCUGAUGGGCGUGCCCAAGGCGGUGCUCGAGAACGUGAUAUUCGUCCACCAGGACGACGCCAACUGGCCCCUCGCUGAGCCCGCGCUGCUCAAGAAGAAGUUUGACGACAUUUUUUCCGCCACCAAGUACACUAAAGCGCUGGAGGCACUGAAGAAGGUGCACAAGGAGCAGGCGCAGCUUAUAAAGGAGAUGAAGCUCAAGGCGGAGAACCUCAGAAACAUACUCGACACGUCCUUGCGGCUUCAGGAGGGCAUAAAGGCAGACUCAGGCCAGUCAGAGCGCCUGGCAGGGCAGAUCGAGAGGCUGGAGGGGCAGAUUGCGGAGCGGCGGGCGCGGCAGGGCGAGGUGGAGAGCGGUUUGGCGCGGUUGAGACAGCUGAAGGCGGAUUUGCAGACGCAGGAGGGGCGGCUGGAGCUGCUGUCACGGCAGAAGGUGCAGCAGCGCGCUAACAUCAUGUCAGACAAUGAUGACCUCGCCUGCAUGUCUUUUGUCCCCGAGCAAUCUCGGGCGAGCAGCUGGAGGAGUGGCGGCUGGAGUUUGAGGGCGUGGCAGCGACGGUGGAGAGGUGAUUCCUGCGUCGACCCAAACCAACCCCCCUGCUUCAACCCCAUCUGUCCCCGAGCAGAGUCAGAUGAGAAACUCGAAGAGUGGCGGCGGGAGUUUGAGGGUGUGGUGGGCAAGCUGGAGGGAAGCCUGGCGAAAACCACACGGGAGCUGAGUGAGCUGCGGAUUCAGCAGGAGGCGGAGCGGGAGAGCAGCGAGCGGGACAGGCAGCUGGUCAGCCGGUUGCAAGUGGAGAAAGAGGUGCCUGCAGCAGCUGUUCUCCAAGCACGACCUGGGAGACAUAGGGCCUGGGCCCCUGGCCAGCAAUCAAGCAGUGGAGCUGGGCAUGCACGCAGCGAGCAGGCUGGGCAUGCACCCAGCCUUGACGUUUCAGAACCCUUCCAACCGGCCCCCACCUCCCAGGUGCACGAGCGGGAUUGCAACGAGCGUGACAGGUGCCUGCAGCAGCUCUACUCCAAUCACGACUUAGGUGACAUCGGCCCCGUGCCCCUGGCAAGCGAUGAAGCAGUGGAGCUGGGCAGGCGCGCAGCGAGCACGCUGACACAGCUGCAGCAGCGGUGGGACGAGAUGAAGCGGGGGCAGCAGGAGGAGGAGCGGCGGCGGGGGGCGGAGAUUGAGGCUGCUGGGGGAGAGAUUGUGAAGGCGGAGGGGCAGCUCCAGAUGGCACAGGAGAGAAAGAAAGCUGAGGCGGACAGACUCGCAACCAAGCUACGAGACCCCACACUCCUCUCCAAGCUGGAGGAUGCCAAAACAGACCUGAGCCGGCAGGAGCAGCGGCUGAAGGCUCUGCAGCGGGAGAAAGACAGCCUGGCGGCAGAGAGCAGCGAGAGGGUGACGCUGAGGCUAAAGCAGGAGGCGGUGAGGGAGAAGGAGGCUCAGCUGAAGAAGCUGCUGGCAGAGAACAAGGGGCGGAUAGAGGAGGUGCUGGGCGGGGAGAUGCCUUCAGAAACAAGCAAGCUGGUUCGGGAGGUUGAAAAGGCGAUCAGGGCGCAGCGAGUGGUGUAUGAGGAGGCAGAUGUGAAGGCCAAGGAGGCGGGCAACGAGGCAGCAGUGCAGCAGCAGCGGCUGGACCAUGCACGGAGCGAACUUAACAGGCACAGCAACGAGAUGGAUAGUGAGUGGUUCAGUGCGGUGCAGCACGGUGUGAUGUGGUCUGCCAAGCGAGUCCUUAUUCAGACGCGUCUGAGCAAGGCAGUGGAUCCAUCUCUUGCAGUGGACGAUUUGGAGAGAGUACGAGGAGAGAAGAGAACUGCUCUCGAGGAAGCUAUCGGGGCGUACGAGACAUUUGUGGAAAUGAAGAAGUUUGUGGCACAAUUCGAGCAAGUGGCUCGGCGUAGGCACUGCUGCCCAACUUGUGAAAGAGGCUUCUCCCGGGAAGAGGAGGAGCAAUUUGUGGAGAAGAUAAAGAACAAGAACAGGAACGCUGGGAACAAGGAGGCUGAGUUGAAGCGGGAGCGGGAGGGGCUUGCGCAGAAGCUGGGGAUUCUGGAUGAUCUGCAUCCUGUUUAUAACGAGUACAGGAAGCUGGUGGAUGAGCUGGUGCCACGUGCCAGGGUGGUAGUGGGCCACGUGGAGGAAGCCCAGAGCAAGGCCCAGGAGAACCAUGAGAAUCUGCUGUGCUUGCUGGCAGAGGCCAAGGCGAAGCUAGACGCAGCGGGGCGGGUGGAGUUGAUAGUAAAGGACGCGGAGAGGGUGAGGAAGGAGGCGGAGAACGGGGAAGCAGAGGUGCAGGAGCUGGAGUAUCGCGCGGAGGAUGAGGCAGGAGGUGAGGAGGUGCAGGAGCUGCAGUACCGCCUCAACAUGCUCUCCCAGGCCAUGCGCUCCCUGGCGGAUGUGAAUGCUGACCUGGCUGCUGCUAAGAGAAGAGGUGAGGAAUGGGAGGUGGGACAGAGUGAGGAAGGAGGGGGAGAGUGGGGGAAAGCGGAGGUGCAGGAGCUAGAGUACCGCCUUGACACGCUCUCCCAGGCCAUGCGCUCCCUGGCUGAUGUCUAUGCUGAUUUGGCUGCUGCUGAAGAGAAGAGAGAUGCAGCAGCAGGGGAUGUGGAAAGGCUGAGGGAGGAGCAUGCAGCACUGAAGGACGAGGCAGCAGCAGCCAGCAACAGGUGGCGGGGGGCGCGGGAGGAGAGGGCCCAGAUGGCUCUGAGAGUGGCGAGGCGGCGGGAGAUGGAGGAGGAGGUGGGGCAGCUGGAGGUGGCGAUUGAAGGGAGCAAACUGGAAAUACAGAUGGAGGAGGAGGUGGGGCAGCUGGAGGUGGCGGUUGAAGGGAGCAAGCUGGAAAUACAGGCACUGGAGCGGAGCAUGGGGCCUCUGAGGAAGAAGCAUGGGGAGGCAGUGGAGGGGCGGAGGGUAUGGCGGGAGAAGGCAGGGGCGGAGGAGGCGGAGAUGCAGGGGCGGGUGAGGGGCAUGGAGAGGGACCUGGACGGGACGAGAGCGAUAUUCAAGAAGAUCGAAGAGUGA